AUGGGUGCUGAAAUCGGUGCUACCACAUCUGUUUUCCCAUUCAACAAGUCUAUGGUUGACUACUUGAACGCAACUGGCCGUAACAAGAUUGCUGAGUUUGCUACUUUGUACAAGAAUGACUUCUUGUCCGCUGAUGCUGGUUGUGAGUACGAUGAGGUUAUCGAGAUUGACUUGAACACCUUGGAGCCAUACAUCAAUGGUCCAUUCACUCCAGAUUUGGCUACCCCAGUCUCCAAGAUGAAGGAAGUUGCUAUUGAGAACGACUGGCCAUUGGAGGUUAAGGUUGGUUUGAUUGGUUCAUGUACCAACUCUUCUUACGAGGAUAUGUCCAGAUCUGCUUCCAUCAUCAAGGAUGCUGCUGACCACGGUAUUAAGGCCAAGUCCUUGUUCACUGUUACCCCAGGUUCUGAACAAAUUAGAGCAACCAUUGCCCGUGACGGUCAAUUGCAAACCUUCGAGGAGUUCGGUGGUAUUGUCUUGGCCAACGCUUGUGGUCCAUGUAUCGGUCAAUGGGACAGACAAGACAUCAAGAAGGGUGACAAGAACACAAUCGUCUCUUCUUACAACAGAAACUUCACUGCCAGAAACGAUGGUAACCCAGCUACCCAUGCUUUCGUCGCUUCUCCAGAGAUGGUUACUGCUUACGCCAUUGCAGGUGACUUGAGAUUCAACCCAGUAACUGAUACCCUUGUUGGUGCUGAUGGUAAGGAAUUCAAGUUGAAGCCACCUUCCGGUGACGGUCUUCCACAACGUGGUUACGACCCAGGUGAGAACACCUACCAAGCUCCACCAGCUGACCGUGCUUCUGUUCAAGUCCAAAUUUCUCCAGAGUCUGACCGUUUGCAAAAGUUGACUCCAUUCAAGCCAUGGGAUGGUAAGGAUGGUUUGAACAUGCCAAUCUUGAUCAAGUCUGUUGGUAAGACCACCACUGACCACAUUUCUAUGGCCGGUCCAUGGUUGAAAUACAGAGGUCACUUGCAAAACAUCUCUAACAACUACAUGAUUGGUGCUAUCAACGCUGAGAACGGUAAGGCCAACACUGUUAAGAACUUGUACACUGGUGAAUAUUCUGGUGUUCCAGACACUGCCAUUGCUUACAGAGAUGCUGGUAUUAAGUGGGUCGUUGUUGGUGGUGAGAACUUUGGUGAAGGUUCUUCCCGUGAGCAUGCUGCUUUGGAGCCACGUUUCCUCGGUGGUUUCGCUAUUAUUACAAAGUCCUUCGCUCGUAUCCACGAGACCAACUUGAAGAAGCAAGGUCUUUUGCCAUUGAACUUUGUUGAUCCAGCUGCUUACGACAAGAUCAACCCAGAUGACACUGUUGACAUUUUGGGAUUGAAGGACUUGGCUCCAGGUAAGAACGUUACCUUGAGAGUGCAUCCAAAGAACGGUGAGGCUUGGGAGACCCCAUUGUCCCACACCUACAACGCUGAGCAGAUCGAAUGGUUCAAGUACGGUUCUGCUUUGAACAAGAUGGCUGCUUCUAAGAAGCAUACUUAA